CAGUCUUGCAACAAUAAGGCGGAAAAAUAAUAAAAACAAAAAUCGAUCGUUUUCAAAAAUCGUUGAUAAAUCCUCAAUCAGAUCAAAAAUGAAUAAUUUUCUUUUAAUUUAUUGCAAUUAAAGACCGUUCCUCUCAAAUUUAUAUUACCCAACGAAAUGGGCGUUCAUUAACGAAGUUUCUGUCAUCUUAGUAGCGAAGAUGAGCGAGUAUUUUCUGUACAGCGCCGUGAAAGAUUUCUUGAAUCGGUGGAGUUGCAAUGUAUCUUCGGAAGAAUACCUCCAGAAACUCCUACACUAUCAGGAUAGAUAUGUGAAUCGCAAUGUCGUCACUAGUCAAGAACACUAUCAUACUGUAGCCAGUCGAUCUCCUAAUUCCGAGCAGUUUUUACAAAAAUAUGCACAGUUGGAUUCUGGAAGAACGGAUCUUCUACCUAAAUUUCUCACUCUUCUAUCUCUGUUACAAACAAAUAAAGGAUUAUCUGAAGAGAUGCAUAAAAUUGCGAUCGAAACUAGUAAUAAACCAGCUAAAAUGAAUCUAACCAUGAACAGCAGAACGUUUGAAACGCACGAAGAUGUCGAAAAAGUUAUAAAAGAGCUAACGACUGCCGCUGCAGAAGUUGAAGAAAAGAAAAGUAAGUCUUCGUUUACAAUCGAGAAAAAAGAUAGAAUCAAAAAAUUUGACGUUGAUCUCACAAUAUGGAAACAAUUUCGGCCUUUUUUAUCUGCCGAUUUCUCGAAUAACACUGUAAUAUCUAAUCUUCUGCCGAUCGGCGCAGUUCCUCGUUCUUCUCAGGAGAAAUAUCUUGUACGAGAUGUUCUUCAGUGUUUAUUGGGAUUCCAUGGCAAGUACAUUUGCGGAACUAGAGAAGAAGAGAAGGAUGCCCUCAGAAAAUUCGUUUUGGAGCAAUCUAUUUAUUCCCCUUUUAAAAGUAUUGUAUCAGAAAUCUUAGUUCUGGCUGAAUAUUACUCAACCGUAAUUCGUUUCAUCGAAGAACGCCAUCAGUUUUCUAGUGGUAGAGUGAAUCAAGCUCUGUGCGAAAUUUUGGAAAAUAUAUUACAAGAUUAUAGAGUGUUCAUUAUCCAACUGGAAACGAAACAAAGACAAGAAUCAUUGACCUUACAGUCUCUACUGUUCUGUAUUCAACCAUUUCUGGAAACAAUGAGUUGCCUGGCGCGUAUUGUUCAUGCUAUUAAUAAAGCUGAAGCUCGAGGAGGUCGUACUUUAAGCUUAUUGCAUGACGCUGGGAAACAAAAUGCCAUCGAACAUAAGGCUGCAGAUAUCUUGGUGAUUCUGAUCAGAAGUGCAUCUGUGCCUUAUUUUGAAGCUUUAGAACAAUGGAUUCAUACCGGUUACAUUAACGAUCCAUGUGACGAAUUUAUGAUUGAAGAUAAUGUUGAAGCUGAAAGACAAAACAUUUUAGCCAAAGGAGAAUUUACUAACGAAUAUUGGAAAAAAAGAUAUCGCAUUAAGAAAGAUCACGUUCCUACUUUUCUGUCUCAGUAUCAACAAAAAAUUUUGAGAACUGGAAAAUACUUGAAUACUAUCAAACAGUGUAAAAAUAUCUCGUCGAAAGAAAUGAAUUCGAUUUUGGAAAGAAAACCUACAUCUAAUAAGAUGUGUUAUACUAGUCUCAAUAGUUGUGAAUUCGUGCAAAGCAUCGAAGCUGCGUAUAAUUUUGCUAGCGAUACCUUACUCAAUUUACUGCUGAACGAAUACGAUAUUUUAAACAGAUUGAAAUCUGUUAAGCGUUUCUUCCUGAUCGAACAAGGCGAUUUCAUCAGUAUUACUAUGGACUUAUGUGAGGAAGAAUUGUCAAAACCUGUGACAGAAAUCAUGUCUACUAGAUUAACUUCUUUGAUGGAAUUAGCCAUUCGAACAUGCUCUUGCGCAAAGACUGAUCCAUAUAAAAACGACAUUUCGAUAGAAACCGUUUCUGAAGAUUUUGUUCUUCAAGUGUUCAGAAUAAAUGCAAUCAACACUAAAAAAGAAAAAGAAUUAAUGAGAAAAAAUCCAGAAAAAGAUCUCAUUGGUUUGGACGUGGUAACUUUACAUUUGAACACUGCAUGGCCAGUUUCACUGAUUUUCAACGAGAAAGUUAUCGGAUGUUAUCAAAUAUUGUUUCGAUUUUUACUCUAUUGUAAAUACGUGGAAAGAUUGCUUUGCAAAGUUUGGAUUUGCGAUCAACAAUUCAAAACAUUGGAAAAAGAUAGUAGAAAGUAUUAUCUGAGAGCUUUCGCUCUUCGUCGUAAGAUGGUACUGUUUGUUCAAAACCUGAGUUACUAUAUGACCAACGAAGUUAUCGAGCAACAUUGGUUUGCAUUUUUGAAUAUAAUCAAAAAAUGCCAGAAUAUAGAUGAUUUCAUGCACCAUCAUUGGGUGUAUUUGAAUAAUUGUAUGAACGAUUGCAUGUUGACAUCUUCGAAACUAAUCAAGCCUUUGAUGUGGCUGCUGAAGAACUGCGUUGAUUUUUGUAAUUUCAUUCAGCAUAUGAGGAUUUAUUUUAUGGAUGCGGAAUUUACGUCAAUGCUGAGUCCUGAAGAUUAUUUGGACUACAGCUUUGUUCCACGUGGGAACAAUGAGAAAGCUCGGUCAUCUAAAAAAAGCCCUAGUUCAUUCGAAGAACGAAUCAAAAUAUUUGAAUUCGAAUUCAACAAUAAUUUGGGAAUUUUAUUAAAACUGAUACCUCUGUGUGGAAUCGAAGAAUGUAGCAAUCAAUUAUUGCAUUUUCUUAACAGACAAAACUUCAAUGGUUAUUACACCAAUUUGAUCGGGUGCCCAACAACAGAUCAAGAUAAAAAGAAGCACAACGAAAAUAAUAAAUAAUAACAAAAUAAAACCAAUUAUAAACAUAUUUAUUGUAAUAAAAAUUUUAUAUUAUUCA